CCAACAAAACCCGAUUUUACAGGACGAUCUUUACAGUGGGACUAACCCUAAACCGGCCGGUGACGUCAGAGAUGGAGUCAAAUAUCGAAGACAAAACGAACAUCAAAAGUAUCCGAGUCGACGGUGUCGAGUAUUCGGUUGAAGAUAUCCGGAUUCUCCGAGACCGAUCCUCCGAUUCCUCGGAUUCGGUUUUUCCCGUUGUCGCUGUAGCUGUGGGCUGCGGGGGCGGCCUCGCUCUGAUCCUUGUGUGUGUGCUCAUCUGUGUGGUCUGCCGGAAGCGACGUCAUGAGAGCGGUGGUCAGGAAACGAUCAAGUCUUUGACGGCGGGUGUGCAGAUCUUCACAAAGGAUAUCUUCGCUUACAAGCACGCAGAGAAGGAGUAUGACGAUGACCCGGCUACUUGCUAUGUGGAUAUAGACAGCAUGCGUGCUAGCCGACUCUCCAAAGGCAUGACAGGCUGCAGCAAUGACUACGACAUCUCAGACAGCAGCAAGACUACUGGCUGCACAGCAAAAGACGUCCGUCCUGGAAACCACGUGGAUUGCGAGUACUUAGUGCCCACGUCAGGACCGACAGACAAACUGCGAUCUACCGACAAAGAGGACAGAGCCACAGAUGAAAACCCCUACCAAAUGGUCGAAGAGGAGAUGGAAUACACCAAUAUGAAUGGAAUUUAUUAAGAAACGUGGCCAAGCCUCUGACUACGAGAGAGCCUAUGAGAAAGAAUGCCCAUGUAUCAACAGGCAGCUCUAAAGUCGACUUUCAUGCCUUGCAUUAACGCAACCCCCUCUCCCUCUUGCCUGCCCCCCCCCCCUUUUUUUUACAACCGCUCCAGUUCCUUCCCACGUCCCCCGCCUCCUUAAAAAAUAACAAUACAUUUUUAAAACGUCCAUCUCCUCCCCACUAACCCAACUCCUCCUAUCUCUCCAACACCCCCCCCCCUUAAACCAACCAUACACCCUCCCCUCCCACAAAAAGACUUCUUAAGCUGUACAGAUCAGUCUGCUGUGGUUUUGGAUAAAACUCACACGGUUUCCAAUUCACUUCCUUGUUCUUAGAAAACCGUGCUCUCUCACAGCUCAUAUCAAAGGACCACUUGCAAAUUUGGCAAAAAGUCCUCGAGGAUUACCAUCCGUGCUGCACGUUGUGGUUUUGCCCCGUUAGGAGGCUCUGCAGUACGCAACGUUAACCCAUUAACACUUUCAGAGCAAAAUAUUUUGAAAUAUUCUUUGCUGUCUUUUUUUUUUGGAAA